AGUAUUUGUUGAGUCCAGUUGUUGUAUAGUGAUGGUAUCGAGUGUAGAAGUAAUGAAUGAUAGUAAGCCUACACCAGCAGCAGCAGCAGCAGAUGGUGAUGAUGGGCAUGGUGCAAUCGGUAGCACAGCAGCGGCUCGCAGCUCUCGUAAUGAGCUGCUCAAUCUAGUAUCACAGAUAAAGUCGAGGGUGCAGGAUAAACUGACUGGUGUGGACUUUCCCAUACCACAAUUCAUUCUAAUCGGCCGACAGUCUGUGGGGAAAAGUCGUCUAGUUGAGGCUCUAGCUGGCGAACAGUUUAACUUCGUCUCUGGAUCACUCGGGUCUAGGCGUCCAACUGUACUAGAGUUCCGUAAUGAUCCCAAGCUGGCCAUAUCAAGAUGGCAAAUAUUGAAUACAUCUACCCAAGUUUGGGAAGAGAAAACACUGCCUCAAGUUUUGAAAAUAGUUUCUGAUGCCCACGAGUCUCUUGGUGCUAAUGUAACCAAGGACCCUAUCUAUGUUAGGGUAGAGGGCAAGAACUGUGUAGAUAUGCAGAUUACGGAUUUACCCGGUUUUCGAGAAUUUGCGCUAGACAAGGAGAAGCAGUCCCUAGCAGAUCAGAUCGAUGAUUUGGUCAGCUCCUUCAUGCACGACCCUCGUAAUGUGAUGCUCUGUGUGGAAGAGGCUGGUGAUGCAGCUAACCUCUCGACACUGGCUAAAUGCAAAAGGGUGGAUCCUUAUUAUAAUAGGACAAUACUCAUCAGAAAUAAACUGGAUAAAUAUUAUCGUGAUCUUACGGCCCAGAAUAUCAAUGAGUGGCUGGGAGGGUACGGUGACCUCCCGGAUAACCUUGUAAAGUUUUGCCUUACAUUACCUUUUUGGGAUGAGAAACACGGUGGUCCUCCAAAACCGUUUAUAAAGCUGAGGAAGGAUAUGAAUGAUAGAGAUCUUGCGGAGGUGAAGUCUAAGGGAGCCUCACAGCAGUUCAUGCAAUAUGUGGGCUUUGAAAACUUCGCCCGUUUUAUGGAAAAGAAGAUUGAGUCACUCUUCACGGAGUCGAUCGGUCCAUGCUUGCGUAAGCUCCAAGACUUAGAUAAGGAGUGGACAAGUAAGAAAGAGUCUAAUGAACAAAUGCUGCACGAUACGGAUCCUGACCAAAUAGUGAACACCAUACGCGCUGCGGGGAGGUCCUUCUCGGAGGCACUCAACCAUGUGAUGGAAGGGAGCAUACGAUCAGAGGUUAAUCGGCUUACACUGGCUGAUGAGCUAUAUGAAUUCCAUCAAUGGAUGCAGCUGCAAGACUUCAGUCAGGAUUUCCCACUUCUACCAACUGAUGACUUUGGCAGUCUAGAUCAAUACAUCGAGUAUCUAGAGAAGGACUGCAAGGUGCCCUCAUUUGAUCAACCCUUAAAUGGUGGUGCUCAGUUCAAGCGUCUCAAGUUUGAAUGUGAGGUCUUCUUCCGGUUUUCGGAUAUAUGUGUUGAUAUUUCAAAGCGGGAUGUUAUACAGGCCCGAGGUGUUAGUGUGAGCCAAGUCUCUUGGCAAGACGUCAUAUUAAAGCUGUUGGCGAAGGAAGGUCAGCAGAAUGUCCGAAAUAAGAUUGCCUAUGUUGGUCGACGCAUUGAAUGGUUUUUCCUCAAGCAGAAGGAGGUUGUUGUAGAAUUCAUGGCUAAUUUGAAGGGCUCCUGUGAUGAACAUCUAUAUUCCCAGUUAUUCAGUAAACGUGUUAAGAUGAUACAGGAUAACGAUGCAUGCCGAGAGCUCAUCUAUGAGAAAUUCGACCAGGCCUUGGAGCGACAGUAUGGGCUCUUCUUCCAGCUCUUCCAGAAUACAUUGCAGUCGGCAUUUGCCAAUCCUUGGGCACUGGUCAAGGCAUCAUCAUGGCAGAUUGAUCUUACUGAUGAAGGAUUCGAGGAUAUGUGUUUGCCUUCCUUUGAUGAUACCAAGGCCAGGAUACCCGUAGAAAUUGAAUUUAGAUCGAGGAUGGAACGGAAACUCAGGAAGCGGUUGAAUAACAUACCCACAGACCCAUUGGAUAUUGAAGAGGCUGUUGAGAAGAUUCAAACUCUGAUGAUGAUCACCUUCAUCAACAUUCGAAAUUGUCUCUGUGACCAACUAGAGCUCUUUGCGGAUAGCUUCUUCCAGUUGCCUAUGGCAAGGCAUCUUCAAGGAGAGAUGAGUGUCAUCCAGCUCCGGCCGGAGGACCGUGCUCCCUUCCUGGCCAAGCGCAAGGGUCUCGAAGAAGAAGUCGACAGCUCCAAGGCAAUGCUUGAGGACAUCGAAUGGUGCAUUGACCAGAUUCAUACCUUCGCUCUAACAACGAAGGCUCGGAACUCACCAUCAGACUGGAAGAAAAACUAUUAAGCCAGUUCAGCUAUGAGGUUCAGCAAAGUUUUCAAUGUUUUCUUCAACACUAUAGCUUCGUCGGUAUCCCCGAAUGUCGAGCCAUAUGAUACCCGCCUGUUUCUAUGUUCCCCAACCUUCGCGAUGUUCCUACAUAUUUAACAGUGGACUGUGAUACACU